AUGUUAUYAAAAUUAUUGCAAACUUUUAUAUWUCUAAUCUCAUAUAUUAUUUCAUUAAGUUAUGGUCAAAAUUUUGGCGUUUUUGGUAAUCUAAUCACUAGUUUGAACCAAAUCAAUGGCAACAAUGGCAUCAAUAAUCUAAAUAAUAAUAAUAAUAAUAAUCUCAUAGCUCAGGGAUUGAGAACAACCGAAGUCCGCGAUUUUGAGUCCUAUCCCGAGUGCCGUAGUUUUAGCGACUAUAAUGUCACGAAUAUUAUACGUAACGAAAUAUUUCGGGUAAACUCCAGUUGCGAUCUAUUGUGGCGAUCGGGUGUCCACCGCAUCCAUACGCUGGCCGUUGUGUUGGCCGACGGCCGCGCAAUGGCUAUGGCCGUCAACUUUACGUUCACACAUGUUGUCAGAGAUAAUCUACACUUUUGGAUAGCAAACGGACAGGUAGUUCACGGUUCACUACCCGGUUCACGGUUUUUCAAAGUSAAAGUCUAUGAUGAACUGCAAAUGCAAACCGAAUGUUCCCGCGAACCGGGAAUCGGUAGACUGGAUGUACUSUAYGAGGAAAUACAUUUGGACGCACCCGARCAYCGGCAGAUCGGCCGGGYUUACUGUAUGGGCGGUAAGGGAUCCGGUUAUCAUGAAUAUMGKCCGGGGUUUGUAUUUUCACGUAUAAUACGAKYGUCCGCCAAUAAUCCAAAAAGUGGUCAACAAUUGCCCGUUAUUUCGACACUUAAUACCGAUUUGAUGACAAAAAUACAGAUGUCGUUGAUUAUAUUAUAURUUUAUUWUAAACWWAAAAACCGUUACCGCGACCAAUGUUUGGCCAGUAUUCCCGGACCCGWACCCCGGUAUCCAUUGAUCGGUAAUCUAGAUUUGUUUCGUAUACCUGGCCUUCCUAUUAAUGAAUGUUAUUAUAAAACAUUAGUUUCAUUAUCUAAACUAUACAACAAUGGUAUCUAUAAGAUAUUUAUGGGACAUAAACCAGUUAUAUGUCUAUAUAAUUAUCGCUUAAUGAAUACAAUAUUUUCAAGCAAUAUCAAUAUUGAUAAAUCUGAACAAUAUCAAUUUCUAAGCGAUUGGUUAGGCGAUGGCUUAGUGUURASUACCGGUGCUAAAUGGAAAGKUAGACGAAAACUGUUGACACCGGCAUUUCAUAAUACGAAAAUACUCGAUAGUUUUAUACCAUUAAUCAAUGAACAGACAUCAAUAUUUGUGGAUAAAAUCAAAGAUAURUCAUCCGAGAGACAAUAUAUUGAUAUCAGGGAACCGAUAAMACAGUUAACAUUAGAUAUUAUUUGUGAAACAGCAAUGGGUAUACAAGUGGGCGCACAGGUAGGCAAAAAUARGUCAUACGUUAAGGCCAUUAAUGAUUUAAGCAAAAUAUUYAUCAAACGUAUGUUUUCGCCGUGGAUUUGGUCGGACACUGUAUUUUAUUUGACACCAAUUGGCCGUAAAUUUAGCCGAUAUCUMCAAACACUUCAUUCAUUUACCCGCAAUGUUAUCAAUCAAAAGAAACAAYWYGAUGACAACRAYRACAACUAUUUUUCUACAAAUCARAUGAAGAAGAAAAGUAUGGCAUUUAUGGAUCUAUUACUCGAUUAUCAUAUCAAAGACAACCAGUUGUCUGUAGAGGACAUAYACGAAGAAGUGGACACUUUUAUGUUUGCCGGACACGACACUACUUCGGUAAGUMUCGGWUGGACWCUMUAUUUGAUUGGAUUGCAUCGYGAAGUACAGGACAAGAUUCAUGAAGAGUUGACCACAAUUUUYGGUGACSACAWCAWCCAGAGAGACAUCACUGCCGAUGACAUUCAACAGAUGACAUACUURGAGUGUGUACURAAAGAAUCGUUACGUAUGUAUCCGUCAGUACCGGUAAUUGCCCRCCGACUGGUCGCCGAUUGUCCGGUCGGUGAUUAUGUUAUACCGGCCGGUGUCGAYGUMUUUCUGAUGAUCGGUCAAAUGCAUUACGAUUCSGWKCAACAACACCAGUCGUCCUCGACAACAAUAAAUGCCUACAAUUAUGUGCCGUUCAGUGCCGGUCCUCGCGGUUGUAUUGGUAAACGGUUUGCMGUAAUCGAGGAAAAGAUAAUAUUAGCCAAAGUUUGCCAAAACUUUUAUAUUGAAUCAAUUGAACCGUUAGAUUGUGUACAGRCAUCACCUGAAUUGGUAUAUCAAGCAAAAAGUCCRCUAAAUAUUAGAUUURUUCCCAAAAAAAAUAAGAUAAUAUAA